CCCGCCCGCCCCUUCCGGCCCGGCGCCGCGGCCCCUUUAAGGGCGGAACCGUUGCUACGGGGCGCGGGAGGUGCCGAAACUGAGCUGUGGCGCGCGAGAGAGGGGUUAUGGCCGCCGGCUGCCUGGAAGAUCCGUCCCUGGAGAGACAUUUCAAAGGUCACAGAGAUGCCAUCACUAGUGUGGACUUCAGUCUCAAUAAGAAACAAUUGGGAACAUCUUAAGAUCUCCCUGGAGAUAUACCCCACUUGGCACUCAAGCAGAGAGAUACAGAUGCAGCUUGGGUUUGUUGGCAGGCUAAGAUCAAGUGGCUCAAUGGAUUCAUGCCUGAUGAUCUGGAGUAUGAGACCUCAGAUGAGAGCCUAUCGCUUUGUGGGCCACAAAGAUGCAGUGAUGUGUGUUCAGUUUUCACCUUCUGGUCACCUGGUGGCUUCAGGCUCUAGAGACAAAACAGUCCGUUUAUGGGUUCCCAGUGUCAAAGGAGAAUCCACUGUGUUCAAGGCUCAUACGGCAACUGUAAGAAGUGUUCAUUUCUCCAGUGAUGGCCAGUCCUUAGUUACAGCUUCUGAUGACAAAACAGUCAAAGUGUGGACGGUUCACAGGCAGAAGUUUCUAUUCUCACUUAGUCAACACAUAAACUGGGUUCGCUGUGCCAGAUUCUCUCCUGAUGGACGAUUGAUAGUGUCAGCCAGCGAUGAUAAAACUGUCAAACUGUGGGAUAAAACCAGCAGAGAAUGUAUACACUCCUUCUGUGAGCAUGGGGGGUUUGUGAAUCAUGUGGAUUUUCAUCCCAGUGGUACAUGCAUUGCUGCGGCUGGUACAGAUAACACAGUGAAGGUGUGGGACGUUAGGAUGAAUAGACUUCUUCAACAUUAUCAAGUGCACAGUGCUGUGGUGAACAGUCUUUCCUUCCAUCCCUCUGGAAACUAUCUGGUUACUGCUUCCAAUGAUUCAACUCUUAAAAUUCUGGACUUGCUAGAAGGAAGACUUCUAUAUACUCUUCAUGGUCACCAGGGGCCAGCUACCUGUGUAGCAUUUUCAAGAGCUGGAGACUUUUUUGCUUCUGGAGGUUCUGAUGAACAGGUGAUGGUCUGGAAAACUAACUUUGAUGCAGCAGAUUAUGGUGAUGUACUGAAAACACAGAAGUCUGGCACUAGUAUGAAUGGGACCCAUCACACUCUGCAAUCAGAAAUGGAUUGUGGUGUUCAUCUUAAGAAGACAAAACCUCAGGAUUCUGGUAGGAACCAUGCACAGCAAGAGGAGGAGACCAGUCUUGCAAAUACCUUGGAGCAUAUUAUGGGACAGCUGGAUGUUCUGACUCAGCUAUCAUUUCAAGGUUUAUAAUGUAAAAGUGGGAAGGAGAGAAAAUACUUUCAAUUUCUGCUGAAAGAGGUAAUAGUAAGACAUCAGCUGAAGGCUGUCAUCUUUUGCCAGUGCACAGCUUUUGUUCUGAGCUGCACACUUGAAGCUGCAUUGUCUGCCACUCACCAAUUAUCAGUACCUUCCCUCUGUUGACAAUAGAUUUCCAGAUGAAGUGGGGUGUCAUGUACUUAGAGACAGCGGGAUUGUUUUUAUUCUAUUAAGAGUUGUCUUCCUGCCAGACACCAGUCGCAAGUAGCUCUGAGGCUGUACAGGCAUUGUGCCCUGUGCAGGAGGAUACACUUGAGCAGACUUGCUCCUUCAGUUAGGCACUUCAGUUCUUAUCAGAGAAGGAUGGAUCAGAAGAAACUAGUGGCUGUUGUAUACCACAUCUGGCAGUAAGUGCUGUAGCAAAUAGAUAUGGCCCCCUCAGAUUUACAAAGCUUCAUUUUUAUGUUGUUGACUUUGUGCUAUGAUUUAAUUCUUUAAGGUUUUGGCAACUUUCUUUAACCUGGUUUUUGAUUCAGUGAAACCUUCCUCUCUUCUUCCUCAUUAGAACUCUGUCGGGACAUUUUUUGUUUUACUUGUAAGGAAGUGUUCUAAUGUGAACUGACAGUCUGUAUUUUUUUCUAAAUGUGGUGUGUGUCUGGCCAUACUUCACAUGCAAAUAAAGAAGUUAACUUUUGUCUGCCUUUUUCAGAAGAGUAGUACCUCCUUAAUAAUUCUGCUGCCUUGAAGGAUGGAGUGAAGUUGAGACACAGACAUAAGCCGGUUGUUUCCAGUAGUUUUGGAUUACUUAAAGAUACCCUGGUGCCUCUUUGUAGGAAAGCAGGCAAUUCAAAUCUGGCAAAGGAAUGAGGAAGAUGAGAGUAAUAAAUGUACAAUAUAGGUGUUUUGCUCCUCCCUUUCCUGCAGCUUAAUACCUUGUCAGUGUCUCGAUGUUUAAAAAGCUUGUUCUUUACUGGCAUUUCAGAGAUGUGAAAAGGAGAAAAAUGCAAAAUGUUUAUCAGUUAUUUUUUUUUAUCAAAGGCUGGAUCUCAGUAUCUCAGUUACCUAUAUGAAGAGGUGGGCUGAAUAUUAAAGUUUAAGGGAAAAACAAGGUGAUUUUAUCUCUUGGAUAACUUCCUGGAACAGAAGGGUGUUUUGGCUGAAACAAAAAUGGAGCAGAUAUUAAGAGUUUACUUGGUUCAAAUGUAUCUUCUGCACUUGCAGCUGAACUGCACUUCUGAAGGAUGAUCAACUGUGAGUAACCAUCUUGCCUGCAGUGGAAAACUUGCAUUUGCAAUGAUCAUCUUCAAAGAGUUUGUAUACUGUUGCCCUCACUCCAAACACCUGCAGCUGCCAUGUUCACUUUGUUAAUCUGUAGUACUGGCGGGCAAUGGGCACUGAGGCAAAAGCUGCUGGUUUUAUGUGGGAAGGAAGAUGUCUGCUCCAAAUAAAGAGUUCAGAAUCAGGUUAGCAUAAAAAUUCAUAAACAGCUGUGAUAAUCACCCACAGGAAACAGCUUUAUAUACUUCCCCAAACUAAUCUUGCAUUGAAGCUGGGAGAAAACAACACAGUGAAAUGGAGACGACUUGAUAAAUCUGUAAAAUAAUCCAUGCCUGAACUGAAGGACAAUCUAGCUCAUGAGAUUAAAGGAUUAUUUCACUCCAGAAAAGAUUGCAGAGGGAGGGAGGAGAAUUUUUUAAAUUAAAUUCUUUAACAUAAAAAAAAGACUUGGAUACAAGUGAGUUGCUUUUUAAUUAAAACUGAAAAUGUUUGCAUGUAUAAUACUUAUAAUGAAACCAAGUAAAAUCAAAUUUGUUACUCCUUUUGAGAUGUGGUCUCCAAAGCCUGUGUUGGUGAAGAAUGAAUGUGGCCCCUCUUUUCUGAGAUAUAUUGAAUGUAGAUUAAGCAACUAGUUUAGUAAAAUAAAUGGUGUUAUGACUUCAAGUAGUUACAAGUCAAG